AUGGCUGGACGCAAAGCUGGAAAGGACAGUGGAAAGGCCAAGGCUAAGGCAGUGUCUCACUCACAGAGAGCUGGGUUACAGUUUCCCGUGGGCCGUAACCACAGACAUUUGAAGACUCACACCGCAAGUCACGGAAGGGUCGGUACCACUGCUGCAGUGUACAGUGCCGCAAUUCUGGAGUUCCUCACUGCUGAGGUGCUGGAGCUGGCAGGCAAUGCUUCCAAGGAUCUCAAAGUUAAGCGGAUCACUCCACGCCACUUGCAACUUGCAAUCCGUGGUGAUGAAGAGUUGGAUUCUCUUAUCAAGGCUACCAUAGCUGGGGGUGGUGUGAUCCCUCACAUCCACAAGCCUCUGAUUGGAAAGACAGCAGAAAACUGCUUAGAGAGUUGUUCUAACCAACCCUCUGCCUCCCCGUCAUUGUACUGUAACUGGGACAGAAGAAAUAAUGGGGCUAUGUGGACUUUUUAA